UCUUACGUAACUCCGGCCAAACCAUUCAUUAUGUUUAAUGCCAAGGACGUGGAAGCGAUAACGCAUCGCGGUGAGCCCUACGCGCUUUCCGAGUCAAUGGACUCACGUCUCCUGGAUCCAAAUUUGCCUCCUUCUCCUUCGCAACCCUAACAACAAACAUAUCAUUCUCCUCAACGCCAAUCUUCUUGUGUUUUUCAAUCCUUCUGGUUCUGUGUUUUUGAUUAGGUUUCAGAAAAUGGAAGCGAGAGCAAGAGGAUCAAUGUCGUCGAGCAUCGGCGACUCCGCAGAACUCGAAGCCAACCUGACACUUAGUGAUCGUCUCAAGGUUUUCAAGGGCUCCACUUUUGAUCCCGAGGCUUAUGUCACCUCCAAAUGCCAGCAUAUGAACGAAAAGGAGACGAAACAUUUGACUUCUUACCUCGUUGAACUGAAGAAAGCCUCUGCAGAAGAGAUGCGCAAGAGCGUCUACGCUAACUAUGCUGCCUUUAUACGGACAUCUAAGGAGAUAUCAGCACUUGAAGGACAGCUUCUAUCAAUGAGAAACCUUCUCUCUGCUCAAGCAGCUCUCGUUCACGGCUUAGCUGAUGGCGUUCACAUUAGCUCCUUAUGUGCCGAUGACGCUGAUGAAUUAACCGACCAAGACCUAUACAACAUGGAUAACAAACAGCUCUCGAAGAUAGAGACUUGGGUCGUUGAGUUCUUCGACCGGCUUGAAGUCCUCUUAGCCGAGAAGAGAGUUGAUGAAUCAAUGGCUGCUUUGGAAGAAGGGCGGCGCGUGGCGAUGGAAGCACAGGAGCAACGAACCCUCAGCCCCAGCACUCUUCUCUCUCUGAACAAUGAGAUCAAAGCAAAGAGACAAGAGCUGGCUGAUCAGUUGGCUGAAGCUAUAGGCCAACCUUCCACAAGAGCAGGUGAGCUUAGAUCAGCUGUCUUGGCUCUCAAGAAACUCGGCGACGGCUCUCGCGCUCACACGCUGCUUCUCAAGUCCUACGAGAGGAGGCUACAAGCCAACAUCCAGAGCCUAAGAGGCUCCAACACUUCCUACGGUGUGGCCUUCGCCGCUGCUCUCUCUCAGCUUGUUUUCUCGACGAUCGCUCAAGCUGCAAGCGACUCUCUAGCAGUUGUCGGAGAGGAUCCAUCCUACUCGUCAGAGCUUGUGACGUGGGCGGUUAAACAAGCAGAGUCUUUCGCUCUUUUGCUCAAGAGACAUACUCUGGCUUCAUCUGCUGCUGCUGGAAGCUUGAGGGUAACCGCAGAGUGCAUCCAGCUCUGUGCUUCUCACUGCUCUUCGUUGGAGUCUCGCGGUUUAGCUCUUUCUCCUGUAUUGCUGAAACACUUUAGGCCAGGCGUGGAGCAAGCACUGACUGGUAACCUCAAGAGGAUUGAACAGAGCAGCGCAGCUUUAGCUGCUUCUGAUGAUUGGUCACUGGCUUAUACACCAACAGGGUCACGCGCCUCUUCUACUACUCCCACUGCACCUCAUCUUAAGCUCUCUAUAAGCGCUCAAAGGUUCAACUCCAUGGUUCAGGAGUUUCUGGAGGAUGCUGGACCACUAGAUGAAGCCUUACAGCUUGACGGUAUCGCACUAGACGGUGUAUUGCAAGUGUUUAACGCAUACGUAGACCUCCUCAUUAACGCAUUACCCGGUUCAGCCGAAAACGAAGAGAAUCCAGUACAUAGAAUAGUUAGAAUAGCUGAAACCGAGUCUCAACAAACAGCCUUGUUAGUCAAUGCACUUCUCUUAGCAGACGAGCUCAUCCCACGUUCUGCUUCAAGAAUCUUACCACAAGGAGGUACGAGCCAGUCCACCACUCCACGCAGAGGAGCUUCCUCCGAUAGACAGAACAGGCCAGAGCAAAGAGAAUGGAAGAAAAAGCUUCAAAGAUCAGUUGAUAGGUUAAGAGACAGCUUCUGUAGACAGCAUGCUCUCGAACUCAUCUUCACGGAAGAAGGAGAAGUACGUCUCAGCUCUGAGAUAUACAUUCUCAUGGACGAAACCGCCGAAGAGCCGGAGUGGUUCCCUUCGCCGAUCUUUCAAGAACUGUUCGCGAAGCUGACGAGGAUAUCGACGAUCGUGAGCGAUAUGUUCGUUGGGAGAGAGAGGUUCGCGACGAUAUUGCUGAUGAGACUGACGGAGACGGUGAUUCUUUGGAUCUCCGAUGACCAGAGCUUUUGGGAAGAGAUGGAGACGGGAGAGAAACCGUUGGGUCCGCUUGGUCUUCAGCAGUUUUAUCUAGACAUGGAGUUUGUAAUGAUCUUUGCCUCACAGGGAAGGUACUUGUCGAGAAACCUUCACCAAGUUAUCAAGAACAUUAUAGCUCGUGCCAUCGAAGCUGUUUCAGCCACUGGACUCGAUCCUUACACUACGUUGCCGGAAGAAGAGUGGUUUGCGGAGGUAGCUCAGAUAGCGAUAAAGAUGUUGACCGGAAAAGGCAAUUUCGGCGGCAACCACGGAGAGCGUGACGUCACUAGCCCCUCUGUUUCCUCUGCUAAGUCUUACACUAGCAACUGACUGAUCAUUUUGCCUUACGAGUUACACUUUCUUUAUAUUUUCAUACUAAUUAUUUUAUAAUUAAAUGCAAAAACUGAUUGUUCUGUUGUUUAUUUGUACUCAGAAUACAACAGAGAGAUAAAAUAGC